AUGGUUUGGCACUUAAUUUUACCCAUCAGAGACCAACAUGGAGCGAGAAGUCAGCGCUCUCAGGAGGCCGACAAACCUCACAGAAGAAAGCGAGAGAAAACCUACAGCUGUGAUGAGUGUGGGAAGGAUUUUACCCAGGCUGGACACUUAAAAACACACCAACUCAUCCACAGUGGAGUUAAACCUUACAGCUGUGACUUGUGUGGAAAGUCUUUUAACCGGGCUGAAAACUUAAAAACACACAAAGUCACCCACAGUGGAGUUAAAGCGUACAGCUGUGAGUUGUGUGGAAAGUCUUUUACCCUGGCUCAAAACCUAAAAACACAUCAACGCAUCCACGGUGGAUUUAAACCUUAUAGUUGUGAUUUUUGUGGAAAGUCGUUUACCCUGGCUGGAGAAUUAAAAACACACAAAGUCACCCACAGUGGAGUUAAAGCUUACAGAUGUGACUUGUGUGGAAAGUCUUUUACCCUGGCUCAAAGCCUAAAAACACACCAACGCAUCCACAGUGGAGUUAAACCUUACACCUGUGAACUGUGUGGAAAGUCGUUUACCCUGGCUGGAGACUUAAAAAGACACCAAGUCAUCCACAGUGGAGUUAAAGAUUACACCUGUGACCUGUGUGGAAAGUCUUUUAACCUGGCUCAAAACCUAAAAACACACCAACGCAUCCACAGUGGAGUUAAACCUUACAGCUGUGACCUGUGUGGAAAGUCGUUUACCCUGGCUGGAGACUUUAAAAGACACCAAGUCAUCCACAGUGGAGUUAAAGAUUACACCUGUGACCUGUGUGGAAAGUCUUUUGCCCUGGCUCAAAGCCUAAAAACUCACCAACUCAUCCACAGUGGAGUUAAACCUUACAGCUGUGGGUUGUGUGGAAAGUCUUUUACCCGGGCUGGAAACUUAAAAACUCACCAACUCAUCCACAGUGGAGCUAAAGAGUACAGAUGUAACUUGUGUGGAAAGUCUUUUGCCCUGGCUCAAAGCCUAAAAACUCACCAACUCAUCCACAGUGGAGUUAAACCUUACAGCUGUGACUUGUGUGGAAAGUCUUUUAAAUAUCAACAUCAGCUGAAAAAACACCAACAGAUCCACACCAGAAAGUAACUCUACAAGUGCAGUUACUGUGAGAAGUGGAGCAACGCACAUGGAUCCAGUUCUCAACCCUGUCGUCACUGUGGUGGUGGGAAAGAGUUUCUCUGUGACCUUUGCAGAAAACUUUCCAAUCAUCAACGGGACCUUAAAAAAACCCAUCAACGUAGACACACUGGAGACAAAAUGAAUGACUGCAAAGAAUGUGGGAGAGGCUUCCACACACCAAGUACAUUAAAAAUACAUGAACUCUUCCACAGUGGGGUCAAAAAGUACAUCUGUGACCAGUGUGGGUCAUCCUUCACCACUGGACAUAAUUCAAUAAAAUAGCAUAAGGGAAUCCACACAGGAGCGACACCAUACAAGUGCAGACACUGUGACAAAAGCUUCUCACAAUCAGGUCAUCGUAACAAACAUGAACGUUCACACAUGGAAGUGAACUUCAGCUGUGACCAGUGUGACAAGAGCUUCAGGAAUCUCAGUUCAUACUCCGAACACAAACGAUCCCACACUGUAAAUAAACUGUUUCACUGUUACCAAUGUGCAAAAACAUUCACUUCAUUAUCUGCUCUGUGCAAACAUCAGCCUGAUCAUGCAGGACUGAAAUCACUGGAUCACAAUGAAUCUGAAGAGAGAGAAAGAUCGUCUUAUGGUUUCAGGGUCAGACUUAAAAACCUUGAGAUCAGGCUCCACAGAGUUCAGAUGGAAUCUCCUGUAAAGAGUGUCAGCUGAUGUCACACUUGGAUCUGAUGAGGUAGCUCUGAUUUCUGGAGCUGCAGUGAAUAAUCCUGAAUGUUGCAUUUAGGAAGCUGCAUGUAUAGAUAUGCAUAUCAAGUUUAUGUUUUUUCCUUUGAGGGAUUUUAAUUCUC